AUGUCAGAUUCCAACACAACCGAUUUCACCAACCCCUCCACCUUCAUCCUGCUGGGCAUUCCUGGCCUGGAGGCGGCCCACGUCUGGAUCUCCAUCCCCUUCUGCACCAUGUACGUCAUAGCCAUCUUGGGGAACUUCACCAUCCUGUUCAUUGUGAAGAUGGAGGUGAGCCUCCAUGGCCCCAUGUACUAUUUCCUCUGCUUGCUGGCUGUCACCGACCUGAUCAUGUCUACGUCCAUCCUGCCCAAAAUGCUGAGCAUCUUCUGGUUCAGUGCCAGGGAGAUCAGUUUCAGUGCCUGCCUCACCCAGCUGUAUGUCUUUCACUCCUUCUCAGUGAUAGAGUCAGGAAUCUUCGUGGCCAUGGCUUUCGAUCGCUAUGUGGCCAUUUGUAAUCCCCUGAGACAUGCAACCACACUGACAAACCGUGUGGUGGCUAAGAUCAGCCUGGCCGUGGUGCUGCGUGGCAGCAUGCUCGUAUUACCCUACCCCUUCCUGUUGAGGCAGUGGCCAUAUUGCAGAACCAACAUCAUCCCUCAGCCAUACUGUGGCCACAUGGUCGUAUUGAAGCUGGCCUGUGCCGACAUCCGCAUCAGCAGUUACUAUGGCCUCUUUGUACUAUUCUGUGUGAUGGGUCUAGAUGUCAUUUUUAUUAUUUUGUCCUAUACUCAGAUCCUCAGGGCCAUCUUCUCCCUCCCCACAAAGGAUGCUCGUCUCAAGACUUUGGGGACCUGCAGCUCCCACCUAUUUUCCAUCUUAGUCUUUUACAUCCCAGAUCUAUUCUUCUCUCUCUUUUACCGGUUUUACCAGAAUGUGCCCCUGCAUUUCCACAUUCUCGUAGUCAAUGUGUACUACAUGAUGCCCUCCAUGCUGAACCCCAUCAUCUACGGGGUGAGGACCAAACAGAUCUGGGGGAGGGUGCUUCGGCUCUUUACUCAUAAAGGGACAUAA